ACGCCGCUGUCUCAUAGGAAACAGUUGACACGGAACGUUCCACAACCUCUUUGCGGAACUGAUUGUUUACACUCGGACUAUUGAGCAUGUGACGCAUCAGUAAGCUAUCAAAAACCAAAACUUAAAAAUGCGAUUUUUGCAUAUAUUUGCAAUUGUUUUACACUGAAUGAAGAUCGAUCUCAAGGAAUGACUGCAUCGCAUAAUCUCUAAAUCAAUUAUAUUAUCAAUUUUCAUACGUGUUAUACCAAAGAUCGAGUGAUUGCUGUUUGAAUCAGAAUGGAGAGAUUUGAGGUUUAUAUCUUCACAGCUCUGUGCAGCGUCAACUUUCUCAUCUCCUGCCUCCUGUUCUCCAAAAUCACUCGAGAACAGAGAGAGCCGUACAUGGAUGAGAUCUUCCAUGUGCCUCAAGCUCGGAAGUAUUGUGAAGGGAAGUUCAAUGAGUGGGACCCAAUGAUCACCACUCUUCCUGGGCUGUAUCUGGUAUCAGUGGGUCUGAUCCGGCCGAUGGUAUGGCUGUUUGAUCUGAAGGGAAGGGUGGUCUGCUCUACUGCCAUGCUGAGAUUCAUCAACCUACUGUUCAACAGUGGCAAUCUAUACAUCAUCUACCUGAUCAUCUGCAGACUGCACUUGAAAGAUAAGUCCCGUUCUGCUGCUCGAAGAAUUUUCUCUGCCCUGGUUCUGUCCACGUUUCCUGUGCUCUACUUCUUCACGUUCUUGUAUUAUACUGAUGCUGGUUCCACAUUCUUCACCCUCUUCACUUACCUCAUGGCCCUGUAUGGAUGCCACAGUGCGGCGGCACUUCUCGGCAUCUGCGCCAUCCUCUUCCGCCAGACCAACAUUAUCUGGGUGGCAUUCUGUGCAGGCACCGUAGUGGCACAAAAAAUGGACGAGACUUGGCGGACUGAACAGUUGAAGAAGCGAGAUGAAAAAUUGCCCUCUCAGGUCCCUCUAACGAUCGGUGGGGCGAUGCGAGUAAUGCGUUUCCUGUUGGAUUUCCUCAAAACGGCUAGCAAUAUAAAAGCCUUGGUCGUGUCGACGUGGCCGUACAUUGCAGUAGCAGUUGGUUUUGUUUUUUUUGUGGUGUUGAACGAUGGAAUUGUGGUGGGAGAUCGAAGUAGUCAUGAAGCGUGUCUGAACUUUCCUCAGCUUUUCUAUUUCUUGUCAUUUAUGCUUAUAUUUUCUCUCCCUACCUCACUGAGCUACCAAAGAGUGGUCAGAUUUCUACAGUCUUUAAGAAGGCAACCCUUAAUUUACACCAUACUGAUGGCAGUCUUCUUGUUUUUGGUCUGGAAAUUCACGUUUGUUCACAAAUACUUGCUCGCAGACAACAGACACUUUCCGUUUUACGUGUGGAAACGAAUUUUCCAGAAACAUGACCUUGUUCGUUUUCUUCUUGUCCCCGGAUACAUGUUUGCAGCAUGGAACUUUGUAGAUACUUUGAGGUCCAAGUCAUUGUUCUGGUGUCUGGCAUUCUUCACGUGUCUGGUCGUGGCCACCGUUCCACAGAAACUCAUGGAGUUCCGAUAUUUUAUCUUGCCAUAUCUGUUAUAUCGUGUCCAUGUCCCCCUACCCUCUAUUCCCAAACUGCUGCUGGAGUUUGGCCUUUACACUGCAGUGAAUACAGCAACAAUUUAUAUAUUCAUCUAUAAAACAUUCCAGUGGCCCAACAGUACAGACACGCAGAGAUUCAUGUGGUGACUCGACCAACAUAUAGGAUGUUUAUAGGACAUUUUCUGUGUACUAAAGGGAAUGGUGUAAGUUUUUCACUAUUUGUCAAUUACAAAAAAUAAAUAUAAAUACAGUAUUUCAGAAUAUGAUGCCACGACAUGAUCUGUGUAUUUAUUUGCUGUUGUAUUCAUGUGCAUUUUGUCAAAUGUUAUUUGUAUGUUUAUGUGUAUAUUAAAGUAUAUACAUAGAGUAUACAGAGUAAGGUAGGUUGUAACCAUUCCCAAUCAGAUUAGGUAUAUCAAAGGAUUAGUCCACUCAAAAAUCUUUUCAUCCAACAUAGCUCUCCUUGGCACGUUCAUGAGUGAAGUCGGGAUGUCUUAUUUGUGAACGAAUCAUUCUUUUGAGUCAGAUAUUUUCAAAUAAUCGGUUGAUCCGCUUCAUAUAACCUGAAUGAUCCAUUCACGAAUCGUAGUGAUCUGGUUCUUGAACUGAAGCUCACUGAAGGGAAAGUUUUUCAGUAGAAAAGACUAGAAUAUUGUGAACAAGUCAUAUGGACUACUUUCAUGAUACGUUUAUGGUGCUUUUUGUAUCCCUUUUGAACCUUAAAAGCUCCAGCCCUAUCCAUUGAAACUUCAGUUGAACUGAGUGACCAGUACAUUCUUCAAAAUGUUAGUCAAAAGUCAAACAGGCUUGAUGUGAUGGUGAUAAGUGCAAACAUCCGUUUUUUCAAAAGCCAUUCACUUUAUGUUUUUGUAUUGCAGUUUGAGUUGAUUCAAUCAUGUUGGUAAUUUGUUGUGUAUUGUGUUACUUUCUUGUUGUGUAAUUGUGUAAUUUCCUCUUACAUUUUUUAAUUCUCUGUAUUUCAUUACUGUCUCUUGGUUUAUUAUGGUAUACUGUUAUUACUUUUAUCUUGUGAAAUUUUGUAUGUUUAUUUUUAUUUUCUCAGUUUAAAUGAUUUGUUCUCAUUAGUCUUUCGUUCAUUCUUUGGGUAUUAAUUAAAUGGUUUUGUUUUGAUGUCCUAAAAAUGAUGUAAUACAUUAAUUACCUUCAUAGCUACAAAUGUGUUUAUUAAUGGUUUCCAAGAACUUUAAAUGGCUUGAGUAAACUACAAUAACUUAAAGGUGCACUCAGUAAUUUUUUUUCCUCAUUAAAAAUGUUUUACAUCUAAGGAAAUAAAUUGCAAUAUAUGAAUAAAAUCUGAG